GCCGCUGGGCGGGAGCCUUCGCCUUGGUCUGCAGCAGCGGACCGGGGGAUGGUGAGGACGAAGGUAGCUCCCUGGGAUUUCUGAGGCGGGGCUGCUCAGAGUUCACCUUGGCCCACCAUGAAGUUCCCCUUACUCUGUGCCUACAUGCUAUUGCUUAUGAUUUCCCAGCGGAGGACCCUCAGCUUCCCGGAGGACAUUGAACCCCUGAACACCAUCAUCUCUCACUAUUCAAGGCAAUAUCCGGUUUUCCGGGGGCGCCCUUCAGGCAAUGAAUCGCAGCACAGGCUGGACUUUCAGCUGAUGUUGAAAAUUCAAGACACACUUUAUAUUGCUGGCAGGGAUCAAGUUUAUACCGUGAACUUAAAUGAAAUCCCCAAAGCAGAGGUCAUACCAAGAAAGAAACUGACGUGGCGAUCCAAGCAGCAGGACCGAGAGAACUGUGCUAUGAAAGGCAAGCAUAAGGACGAAUGCCACAACUUUAUCAAAGUGUUUGUUCCGAGGAACGAUGAGAUGGUUUUUGUCUGUGGGACCAAUGCGUUUAACCCCAUGUGUCGAUACUACAAGUUGAAUACCUUAGAGUACGAUGGGGAAGAAAUCAGUGGCCUGGCACGAUGCCCGUUUGAUCCCAGACAAACCAACAUUGCCCUCUUUGUCGACGGGAAGCUGUAUUCCGCCACAGUGGCUGACUUCUUGGCUAGUGAUGCUGUGAUUUAUCGAAGCUUGGGUGAUGGCUCUGCUCUUCGCACAAUUAAAUAUGAUUCCAAAUGGAUAAAAGAGCCACACUUCCUUCAUGCCAUUGAGUAUGGAAACUUUGUCUAUUUCUUCUUUCAAGAAAUUGCUGUAGAACAUAAUUAUUUGGACAAGACUCUCUAUUCCCGUGUGGCCCGUAUAUGUAAGAACGACAUGGGCGGCUCCCAGCGGGUCCUGGAAAAACACUGGACUUCAUUUCUAAAGGCUCGGCUGAACUGUUCUGUCACCGGAGAGUCGAUUUUCUACUUUGAUGUGCUGCAGUCGAUUACGAACAUUAUAGAAAUCAAUGGCGUUCUCGCUGUGGUCGGGGUGUUCACCACACAACUCAACAGCAUUCCAGGUUCUGCUGUCUGCGUGUUUAGCAUGGAUGACAUUGAAAAGGCAUUCAAAGGGAGGUUUAAAGAGCAGAAAUCGCCUGAUUCUCUUUGGGCAGCCGUCCAUGAAAGCAGAGUCCCGAAGCCAAGGCCUGGCUCUUGUGCCAAGCAUGGCCCUGCAGAAAACUAUGAAACCUCCAUCGAUUUCCCUGACGACACCUUGACGUUCAUCAAGUCGCACUCGCUGAUGGACUUGGCCGUUCCAUCCAUUGCCAACGAGCCCUGUUUCACCAAGACACGGGUCAGGUAUCGACUGACCGCCAUUGCCAUCGAUCAUUCCGCCGGACCCUACCAGAACUACACCAUCAUCUUUGUUGGCUCUGAAGCUGGCAGUGUUCUUAAAAUUUUAGCAAAGACCAGCUCCUUCUCUUUGAAUGACAGCGUAUUACUGGAAGAGAUUGAAGCUUUCAACCAUGCCAAGUGCAAUGCUGAGAAUCAGGAGGACCGAAAAGUCAUCUCCCUCCAGUUGGACCUAGAGCGCCACGUCUUAUACGUGGCAUUCUCUAGCUGCGUGAUUCGGAUUCCCCUCAGUCGCUGUGAGCUCUAUAGAUCCUGUAAAAAGUCUUGCCUUGCAGCCCGUGACCCAUACUGUGGCUGGUUAAGCGAGGGAGCCUGUGGUAGAGUGACCCCGGGGAUGCCCGCGGACCGAUAUGAGCAAGACGUUGAACAUGGCAACACGACUCACCUGGGGGACUGCCAUGAAAUUUUGCCUACUUCAACUACACCAGAUUACAAAAUAUUUGGAGGUCCAACAUCUGACAUGGAGGUAUCUUCGUCUACUCUUACUACAAUGGCAAGUAUCUCAGAAAUCACACCUAAAGUGAUUGAUUCCUGGAAUCCUAAACUGACGAGCUCCCGGAAAUUUGUAGUUCAAGAUGACCCCAAUACUUCUGAUUUUACUGAUCCUUUAUCAGGUAUCCCAAAGGGUGUCCAAUGGGAAGUGCAGUCGGGGGACUCCAGCAAGACGGUCCACAUGAAUGUGCUCAUCACCUGCGUCUUUGCCGCAUUUGCCUUGGGUGCGAUCAUUGCGGGCGUGGCAGUCUAUUGCUACCGCGGCAUGCAUGUCCGGAAAUCCAGAAAGAUCCAUAAAGAUGCCGAAUCUGCCCAGUCAUGCACAGACUCCAAUGGAAGUUUUGCCAAACUAAAUGGUCUCUUCGACAGCCCCGUUAAAGAAUACCAACAGAACAUCGAUUCGCCCAAACUGUAUACUAACCUGCUGACCAGUCGGAAAGAGCUGCCUCCCAGUGGAGACACGAAAUCCAUGGUAGUGGAUCUUCGAGGUCAACCACCCGAGCUGGCUGCCCUCCCCACACCCGAGUCUACACCGGUGCUGCACCAGAAGACCGUGCAGCCCGUGAAGAGCCAGUCCGACAAGGUCCAUGGCCACAGGGCAUCCAGGAAAGAAACCUCCCAGUUCUUCCCUUCCAGCCCUCCAUCCCACUCCUCACUCGGUCACGGCCAUAUCCCUAGUGCUAUCGUGCUGCCGAAUGCCACUCACGAUUACAACACAUCCUUCUCAAACUCCAACGCUCACAAAGCGGAAAAGAAACUCCCACACACUGACCAUCCUGUGCCAAACGCAUCCAGCAAACGGGAUCACCGGCGCUCUGUGGAUUCCAGGAACACCCUCAACGAUCUCCUGAAACAUCUAAGCGACCCGAACAGUAACCCCAAAGCCAUCAUGGGAGAUAUCCAAAGGGCGCACCAGACCCUCAUGCUGGAUCCUGUGGGAACGAUGUCUGAGGUUCCGCCCAAGGUCCCCAACCGGGAGGCCUCGCUCUACUCUCCCCCUUCCACUCUCCCCAGAAAUAGCCCCACCAAGCGAGUGGACGUCCCCACCACUCCCGGGGUCCCAAUGACUUCUCUGGAAAGACAGAGGGGUUAUCACAAAAAUUCCUCCCAAAGGCACUCCAUAUCUGCUAUGCCUAAAAACGUGAACUCACCGAAUGGUGUUUUGCUAUCCAGACAGCCUAGUAUUAACCGUGGAGGAUACAUGGCCACCCCGACGGGGGCAAAGGUGGAUUUUAUUCAGGGGACACCUGUGAGUGUCCACCUGCAGCCUUCUCUCUCCAGACAGAGCAGCUAUACCAGUAAUGGCACCCUCCCGAGGACGGGACUAAAGAGGACACUGUCCUUAAAACCUGAUGUGCCACCAAAGCCUUCAUUUGUUCCUCAAGCCACAUCAGUCAGGCCACUGAACAAAUACACUUACUAGACCUCACCUGUGCUCUUCCCCGCGUGGCUUUAUCCUGUACGUGUUGUUGAGAGGACGGUGUGGGGAGGGGACCUUCACGCAAGAGACUCCCUUAUAUUUUAAAAGAGAACCAAGUGGCCAAAGAAACUCUUAACUUUGGCAACAUCAGAACUUGCCACAUGUAGCUACCACAGCAAGGCUUCUGAGUACUUGCCUGUAAACAGAGGAAGGUGCUGGUCAUUCCAUUUCUUUUGUUUGAAGCUAAAGAGAUGGGGAGCUGGGGGGUAAGGGGGGAACCUUACCAAAGUAAAGAGCCGAUGCAGUACUCAGAAGAAUCUGUAAGCAAAUACUUGAAAAUGGGUUCAAUUUAGACUGCCAUUCUGUGUGGUCUUCCCAUUAAAUGUGAACAUUUUAAUAUGUAUGCAUUCACCUUGCCUCUUGCACAAAUGUAAAAAAAAAAAAAAAAGAUGGUUAUGUCUCAAAGAAAUACGAACUUGUAGAUUACCAAGCAAUUUGCUAAAACUGUCAUUGAUCCAAACUGUAGCAUUUUUUUUUCAUGUGUGGCAUUUUUUUUAACUUCAUGCCACCAAGAAGCUGUGGUGUAUG